AUGAGAUAUAGUAACAUAACCUAUAUCAUGAGGAUCACAACCAGUACAUCCAACCAAGAGUACAAGAUUACUAGGCUGAGUGAAUUGCCAUGCAAUUUACAGAAGUUUACUCUGAAGAAGAAAGGGUGUGAGUCUGGACAAGAUGAUCCAGAGGAGAUCACUGUUUAUGAUUAUUUCGUAAAUCGACAAAAUAUUGCUCUUGCCUUCUCGGCUGCUCUUCCAUGUAUUAAUGUCAGGAAGCCCAAUCGAUCCGUUUAUAUACCAAUUGAGGCACUGAAGAACAUGAACUACAACUCUGAACCCAUGAUACAGAAAUGUGGUAUUUCAACAAGAAUGUAG